AUGAGGUUUUCUUCUAGCUCAAAACCCAUAUCAAGUCCAGGCAGGACAGAGAAAUUCCCACCUCCAUUAAUGAGGUUUUUGCGAAGCAAUGUUGGAAGCCGAAGUAGCAGAAGAAGAACAAGAAAACCACCAUUGUUUAUGCGUCGAAAGAAAGCUCUUACUUCUUCUUCCGCCAUUGAAAUAACUCAAGAACCUUCUUCACCCAAGGUUACUUGCAUGGGUCAAGUUAGGGUCAUAAGGUCUAAGAGUAAGAAUAGAAGUUCAACUUCUCAAUACCCCAACAAAAAACCUAGCAAAAAUAAUAAUAACAAGAAGAAUAAUAAGGAUACUAAUCAGAGUUGUUAUUGUUUUCGAAAACCGGGUUUUUGUAAAUGGAAUUUAUGCAAGCCGAAGUUUCCGAAAUGGGUUUCGUUUUUCAAUUGUAGGAGUGUUAAGGUGCGGACGGAUUCAUCCAAGUUCGGGUCAAAACGGUUCGAGCAAGAGGAGGGUAAUGCUGCUGUUGAGCUUGACGAAAGGAGGGAAAGACAAAAAUCAAUUUCGAUUGAGGAGAUAACAACGACGACGAUGACCGAAACAACAAUACCACCAAAAAAUGCGUUGUUGUUGACAAGGUGCAGAUCUGCGCCAUACAGAACUUCGUCAUUAGCGUGUCGUUUUUGGGGGUCGCCGUUAAGAGGAGAGUCAGAAGACACAGAAACAGAAAUAGAAAACAGAGUUUCGGGAAUUGAAGUGAGCAGAGAUUCGACUUCGUCACAAUCGAGGGGAGAUCGAGACAAUAACACUGAAAGAAGACCAAGUUUAAAAAGAGAGGUCGAAAUUUGUGCCAUCGUUCAACAUCAGGGUGUUACCACACCUCAUACUAAUAAUGAGUCCGUAAUUGAUAUAUUCAACAAAACAUUACCAAAAUAUGAAAAACACGAUGGAGUCGAAGCUGUUGCGAAAGCAUUGAUGCUAAUGAGAUGCAAGUCAGAACCAGCUAGAAGAGAUUCGGGAGAACUUGAUCCAUUAAGCUCUGAAUUUUGGAGACAUCGAAGGUCGGGUAAUAUUGAAUCUAGUACAAUACAUUCACAUGCAGCAGAUUGA